UCCUCCCCCUCCCCCUCUCUCUGUUUUCUCCGUCAACGACGCCCUUCUCAACCGGUACCAACCCCCCCUCGGGAUCCGCCAUGUCUGCUCUCAACGACCUCCUCAACCUCGACCUCUUUGACUACACCGACAAGAUCAUCGCCGAGUACAUAUGGAUCGGCGGCUCGGGCAUCGACAUGCGGAGCAAGGCCAGGACGCUGAGGGGGCCGGUGACCGACCCGGCCAAGCUGCCGAAGUGGAACUACGACGGCUCCAGCACGGACCAGGCCCCCGGCCACGACAGCGAGGUCAUCCUGUACCCGCAGGCGGUAUUCAGGGAUCCCUUCAGAAGAGGAAGCAAUAUCUUGGUCAUGUGCGAUGCCUACACGCCGGCCGGCGAGCCGAUCCCGACCAACAAGAGGUUCAAUGCCGCCAAGGUCUUUAGUGACCCACACGUGGUCGCGGAAGAGCCCUGGUAUGGCAUCGAGCAGGAGUACACUCUCCUUCAGAAGGACGUCCAGUGGCCUAUCGGGUGGCCGGUGGGCGGUUUCCCCGGCCCUCAGGGACCGUACUACUGCGGAGUAGGGGCAGACAAGGCGUUUGGCCGGGACAUUGUGGAUGCUCACUACAAGGCCUGCUUGUAUGCCGGGAUCAACAUCAGUGGGAUCAACGGCGAGGUCAUGCCGGGCCAGUGGGAGUUCCAAGUCGGCCCUGCGGUUGGAAUUUCUGCUGCAGACCAAGUAUGGGUCGCUCGCUACAUUCUUGAGAGGAUCACAGAAAUUGCUGGGGUGGUCCUUACUUUCGACCCGAAACCAAUCAAGGGUGACUGGAACGGUGCUGGAGCUCACACUAACUACAGCACCAAGUCCAUGAGGGAGCACGGCGGCCUCAACGUGAUCAAGAAGGCGAUCGAGAAGCUGGGACUGCGCCACAAGCACCACAUUGCCGCCUACGGAGAGGGCAACGAGAGGAGGCUGACGGGCCGUCACGAGACCGCGGACAUCAACACAUUCUCCUGGGGCGUCGCGAACCGAGGGGCAUCCAUUCGCGUGGGCCGCGAUACCGAGAAGGACGGCAAAGGCUAUUUUGAAGACAGGAGGCCUGCAUCGAACAUGGACCCGUACGUCGUAACCUCCAUGAUCGCCGAGACCACCAUUCUCUUGAAACCCUAGACUUUCAGAACCAGCAUCGGAAGGAAACAUAUUUUCUUGAUUAUGUCGUCAUAAAUGAAGGAAUGGACCGUCUCUUGCUUUGUGUCUUUGUUUUAUGUUGAAGUCAUGUCUGUUUCUAUGGCGUCGAUUCGUGAGAAUUCGAUGUCUUCGUAGUAGUUUGCUAUUUACUAGUUGGUUGAAAACAACUUUAUUGACUAUAUAUACCCGAUGAUGCGUCCGGUGUUCAUUUCUA